AUGUGUUUGCUAUCGUUAGCUGAGAUGUUGUUCGUAGUAGCGGGUAUGUUAGCGGUCGCCUCAUUUGGGGAGGCUUGCACCCCCAGUGUAACGACAGUCAGCGGUACUCAUGCCCCCGCCGUUGUAUGCUCCGGUCAACUAAUCUUCGCUGACGACUUCAAUUCAUUAGACGUCGAGAAAUGGCAACACGAAAAUACACUAGCUGGUGGUGGUAACUGGGAGUUCCAAUAUUACAGCAACAACCGUACAAACUCGUUUACACACAGCGGCAACUUGUAUAUUCGCCCGAGCUUGACGUCGGAUCAGUUCGGCGAAAGUUUCCUGUCUUCCGGACAUUUGAACAUCGAAGGUGGUGCUCCAGCUGACAGGUGCACAAACCCACAGUUUUAUGGUUGUGAGCGUACCGGUACACCCACAAACUUGUUAAAUCCAAUCAAAAGCGCACGUCUGCGGACCGUAAAUUCCUUCAGCUUCCGCUAUGGACGUGUUGAAGUCCGCGCUAAGAUGCCCGCUGGAGACUGGUUGUGGCCAGCAAUUUGGUUGAUGCCUGCCUACAACGCUUAUGGUACCUGGCCCGCUUCAGGAGAAAUCGACUUGGUAGAAUCUAGAGGCAAUCGAAAUAUGUUGUCCAAUGGACUUCACAUCGGCACACACGAAGCGGGCUCGACACUUCAUUAUGGGCCAUUCCCAGCGAUGAACGGUUGGGAACGCACUCACUGGGUCCGAAGGAACAGCAAUGGGUAUGACAAAAACUUUCAUCGCUACCAGCUUGAAUGGACGCCAGAUUUUCUGAGAUUCAGCAUCGAUGAUGUAGAACUCGGGCGUGUGACACCUGGCAAUGGCGGUUUUUGGGAAUACGGUGGUUUCAACCAGAACCCUACAGUUGAGAACCCUUGGCGGUUUGGAUCCAAAAUGGCACCAUUUGACGAAAAGUUCUACCUCAUCAUUAAUUUGGCUGUGGGCGGAACUAAUGGAUUCUUCCCUGACGGUGUUACUAACCCCAGCCCUAAGCCCUGGUGGAACGGGUCACCCACAGCAACACGUGACUUCUGGAACGCACGCGGAGCAUGGCUGCCUACGUGGAACUUGAACCACAAUGAUGGACAAGAUGCGUCUCUGCAAUUGGACUACGUUCGAAUUUGGGCCUUAUAA